CCUGCGGCGGCGGGCCCGGGUUCGAGGGGCGCCGGGUGCGGCCCAGGCGGCGCGUCCUGCCUCCCUCCGGCCCUCAGCUCCUCCGGCCCUCAGCUCCUCCGGCCCUCGGUCUCUCAGGCCCUCCGGCCCUCAGCCCCUCCCUUGCGGCAGCGCCCGGGGCCCGCCGGUGCCGGUGCCGGUGCCGCUCGGGACGCCGCUCGGGCCAGAGGCGGGAGCAGCCGCGGGCCCUGGGAGGUUGCAGAGAGGCCGGCCCAAUCUUCUGUCUGCAGCUUCUCGGGCUGGUUCUCCCUUUGUUACUCACAUUAGACCCGGGAUGGCUUUUGUGAGUCUGAAGUAACGGUUUACUGUUCUCGCAUGUACAGCUGUGAUCACAAGCAAGGGGUAAUAGCGGGAUUUGCUCUCGAGCCGAUGAGAUGGUACGAAGCAAGACAGCGGUGUCCGAUGAUGCGUUUGCAUCUACCACCCAGCGAUACAGGAAUGAAGUUAAAGCUUUACAAACACAGCUCCAGUUUAAUAGAAAUGUUCCUGCAGUUCCAGAGAACUUGGCUCUCAGAUUCUCUCGCCCCCCUCCAAUUGUAAUAGAAAAACUGAAGGCAUCCAGUGAUCAGAGAAAUCUCGUUGGAAGUGAGGACCUCAGCCUGAGAAGCUCUGGGAUGUUCUCAGUAGUAUCUGAAGAGAGACUUAAAUUGGCUGUUCAGCUGGCCAAAAGGGACAUCAAACAAAGACGUCUUGAAGAGCAAGUAAAACAGCAGGUAUUUGGAGAUGUCUUCAGUACACCAUUGCAGACCCAGAAAUCACAACUGCAGAAGACUAAGGUAUUUGCAAGUCAAGAAAAUAAAAAUACCCUGAAGUCUCAGACUCACUUGACAUGUCAGCAGAGGCUCGAUCAGCCUUCCCGAGGGGAGUCUGCCAGCUCUGACACGAACCUUUAUCUCUGCGUAGUUAAGGAAGGAAAGCCAGUACCAGCUGUUUUGGACUCUCCUCCAACCCGUGACACAGGACCAGACUCCAAGCCAAAUUUAAAUAAAAAAGAACAUCAAAAUAUGCAGGAAGUCCAGCGUCUGCAAAAAGAAUUGAGGAGCUAUGUCCAGAAAAUUGAAGAUAUUAUUAAAAAAGGGAGAGAUAGAGAACUUCUAGAUCCUGAAAACGAGCAGCGGCUUUGCGCUAGGAGACGGCAGCAAGCUGCACGGUCAGCUCGGAUGCUGUACAUGCUCCAGCAACAGGUAAAAGAAAUUCAGAACGAUUUAGAGAAACUGAGUCCUCAUACAAUCAAACACACUAAAAAGUCUCGAGCAGUAUCCAGGCUGGCAGCAGCACACAGAGGAGCUGUACGAACCUUGCAGGCAUUUGCCAAUCAGUUUACAGAUCAAACAGAUGAGCAGAUUCCUGCCCAUUACAAGGAACUGGGCAGUCUCAUUCGUCAACUCUCUCUCUGCUCUGCCAAAUUAGAAGGGGAUUCUUCCAUUUCUGAAGCUAUCAUAGACAUUUUGCUGCAAGUUGAGGAUCUGAAUUCACUGUUGGAAAACAAGCAAACACCAAAAACAGUGAAGAAAUGCAUUUCAGCUUCUCAGGCCAAAUCUCCAAGGAACACUGAGCCAUUUCCAGAGAGAAAGCACUUUCUAUCUCCAAAAGGAGAAAACAAACCUCUCACCUUAAAGGGACAGCAUGGACAAGAGUCUAAAAAACCUCUAUCUGCCAGGAGUCUUUUGACUGCAGUUCAACAGGCAAACAGUUGUGCUCAUAUAUUACACAAUAAAUACCAAGAAGAAAGUGGCCCACCUACUUCAGAGAGAAAUGCUACUUUGCAAGGAAGCACAGAUGUACUGGUGAGAACUAGAGCUGUAAAAAAAGAGUCUGUCCUUGAAAGUGGUGCUUUGAAGAAGAAAGUUGUGUUACUGGCUUCAAAACCACAGGGAAUGCUGAAAUCUUUAAAAUCAAGACGGGCACACCCUCCAGGAAAGCAUGCUCGAUUUCAAGAGCCAACUAUAGCUUUCCAACUAAAAGAGAACAAACGACCUGCUAAGGAGAGCAAAAUGUCUCGCCUGCCUUCAAAGCCUCCACCUCGGUCUGUUUCACCUAAGCGACUAGCAAGGCUUGAAGCAAAAAAUUCAAGAGGAGUGAAGGUUCUAACUGACCUUUGCAUGGGAGAAAUGGAAAAAAUACAGAAGUUAAGGUCACAAACUGUUUCUCCAGCCCAGUAUACAGACAAAGCUGAGAAGGAGAUACGGGAGUGGUCAGAGCCUCCGUUAGACAGGACACAGCAGGUUGCAACAAAUGCAGAUAUUCUGAGUGAAAAGCUAUUGGAUGAUCUUUUGGAAGAUACUGCUCAGGAACUGUGGAGCAUGGAUCAGCAUGAGAGACUCCAGGCUGAGGCCCUACCUGUGGCUGACACUCGUAGCCUGGAGUCAAUGUUGCAAAGAAUGGAAGAAAUUGAAAGGUACCAGGAGGCUGUCCGCAGGAGAGUCACCCAGAUAGUCUACAGUGACUCCCAGUUCUGGGCCCAGGAAGACAAAAUGGAACUACAAACGGCAUCAACAGCUAAAAAACCUACAUCUCCUCAUCCAGUUCAGAUAACCAAAUUAAUCAGACACGGAGAGCUGGAAACAGACAUUUUAUUUGAGAAACCUUUUGACAGCACUGAUAUUGAUGAAAAUAAAGAAGCAGAGGAGAAAUUGCAGACUGGAAAUGACAUUCUGCAGCCCUUGCCUCUGAAUUCUCUACAGAAAGCAUAUUCUGUGUCUCUCUCUGUGCCAAGCAAUGUGCUCCAGAGCAUCUUGGAUUAUAACAGCAGAUACAAGCAUCAUUUAAAGCUUAUUUCCCAUGAGGUAGUGGGCAGUUUCAAUCCAUGGCAGAUUGCUGAGAGUCUUGCAGAGCAACUGACAGAAGAAGCCCUGUGUGACGUGGCAGCAGAGCUGCAGGAUGUUUGUGAGGACUAUGCAGAAGCUGUAUUCACGUCAGAGUUUUUGCAGCCGGUGCAGUGAAUUCUUUCCCACCUGUCCCAUCAACAUCAGCCUCAGCUUGACAGAUUUUCUGCACUGGAUCUCCAUCAAAGAUUCAUCUUAGGUUUUUAUAGAGCCAUUAUAAUAAUGUUUUCCUUUUCAGAAAGGACUUCCUUACUUUUCCUUUUGUUGGCUAAUCACCUUAGCACAUGCUAGACUGGAGUGAGUUCUUUUGGAUAUGUAGCAAUCCAGUGAAGGAUUCUCAUGGCACAGCAGAAAUAUGCAAACACUUGUCACUGGCUGUACUUGCAGGCUUGCUUGGGCUCUUGCCAUUGGCUUUAGAAUGGAGUUCUGAGUACCUCUAGUACAUAAUGCACAGGCGAAAGGAGACCUUCCAAUAGAAGCACAUGAUAGGGAUCUUACUUUCUUUUUCUUAAACUAGUAUAAAAUGUUACAUUUUUAUCAGCAUUUAGUGAGUGAUUCAGCCUCACAUUCCUUUCUCUUAAGAAUCCCGUUGAAAUCAAGAACAAUAAAAUAAAUGAGCAAUUUGCAUUUCUGCAACAUUAAAUUAACUUGUUUCAAGUAAUCAAGGUACUAGUUUGGAUUAUGUCUGGAGUCAGAGCAAUGACUAAUAAUUACCUACGUAGUAUACUAAGGAAAUGCAAAUUCAGCCCUUGAGGUAACACAAAGAACAUAUGACAGUCUGUUUCCUUUUUCAAUUUCUUUCUUCGAUAUAGUUCAAUCUGUAACACAUUCAUUUUUAACCUUCUAAGAUUAUUUUUACUUCUCCAAUUAGAACAUACAUUUUAAAAAUAAUUUUGUUGCUAUUGAAGCCUGGUUUACUACUUCAAUCAUCUUCAAAUUUACAUCAAAUAUAAUGAUGUAAAUGUUGCUGCUGAAGUGGGACUUCACUGAUAUGUGAUUUCUGUAAUUUAAACCAGCUGAUUUCUAAAAUUAAAAGUCAAAAAUAUUAAAGCAAUAGUGUCUCUAUAUGUACAUAUGUGUGUGAAAGUGUUUUGAAGAUGUUUUAUUUUUUAAUAAACAACACUUGUUUAUUAUCA